CCACACUCGCUCGCGACAACGACCGAUUGCUACGCCCGAACUUUGCACCCUGUUCCUCCUCAUAUACGCCGAUACAUAUCUUCUCUAGCCUACCAAUCGUUUGUCGACGUCUGAUCGGCUCUUUGUGGUUAGCGAAUAGCUCGAGUAGUACGCAAUCCGCAAACCUGGCUGGUGCAUCUUUUGUCAACCACAUAGGCGACGACGGCGACGCUCGUAGUCAAUGCCAUGUACUACGCACAACAGUCCCCCGGUAUCGCCCACAAACUCAGCCAGCAUCCCGGGCAACUGCAUGAUCAGACGCCGUGGUCGCGGAAUGCGCACCAUAGCGUUCUGGGCCCUCCACAGCCCCCGGGUUCCACUGGUUACCCGCUCUUCACUCAUGCGAACGGCGGCAUGACCGCCCUCCAGCAUCAUCCCCAUCCGCAUAUGCCAGGCCCCAUGGGUCACCACCAUCACCAGAGCUCGUUAUCGCAUGCUCACUACCAGUCACCUCCCAAUGGCAAUGGCAUACCCGGGGCGCACGCCGGUCUCGUGCCGAACGGGUCACCGGCGAACGUGGCGGUAACGCAGAUUAUGACUCCCCAUUGGCAGAAUCAGUUAAUGAAGUGCGAGAUGAUACGAGCAUCGAGAUCUCCACACCACCGGGCGCGUGCAAGCGCCAUGGCUUCAAGGACGGUACAGAAGUCCGCAAUCCCGAUUACGAACCCCAAUGCCGUCAAGGUGACAGAAACAAUCGGGGCUGCGAAAGAAGGAGAAACUAACGGAACUCCGACUUCGACAUCUUCGACGACCGUUGCGAACGGGUCGUCUCCGAUUUCUAGUUCUACCGCAGCCGGAUCGACCGCAUCUGCUUCUGUCGCAGAGAGGCCAAGACCGACUGCGCCGAAAUUACCGGCGAAUACAUGGACGUCGUUGGACAUGGGUGGUGUUAGUAUCAAGAACCUGCCACCAACGUCUGGCUUAUUCUCCUUCACCUUCCUCAUCAACCUCUAUUUGAACCACAAUGCGCUAUCCAGCAUCCCACCGGAGAUAACAAGACUGAAGCAUCUGGAGCUCUUGGACCUCUCUGGGAACAACCUAGUCAAUGUUCCGCCAGAGCUGGGCUUACUCCCGUCUCUCAAGGAGCUCUACUUGUUCGACAAUCAUAUUGCGACGCUACCGCCGGAACUGGGUACCUUGCAUCAACUACAGACGCUAGGCAUUGAGGGCAAUCCCAUAGACCCGGCCCUGAAACAUAUUGUACAGGAGCAGGGUACCCCGGCCCUGAUUGCGCACCUGCGGGACACUUGCCCUGCGCCUACGCCGCCUCCGGCACGUCUUUGGCGGAACCUCAUAUCGCCGACGGAACGCGAGAACAUGCAGAGCGACCCGAACGUGGAGACCUUCAGCGUUCUCUGCUAUAACAUCUUGUGUGAGCGGUGCGCCACCGAGCGGCUGUACGGCUAUACACCGUCAUGGGCUCUCACAUGGAAAUACCGGAAGGACCUUAUACUUGACGAGAUCAAGAGCCACGACUGCGACUUCGUUUGCUUGCAAGAGGUGGAUAUUGCCCAGUACGAGGAGUUCUUCCUGGCGAACCUAUCUGAGCAGGGAUACGAUGGUGUCUACUGGCCGAAGUCUCGGUACAAGACUAUGAGCGAGUCCGAUCGGCGGAUGGUUGAUGGCUGUGCCAUUUUCUUCAAGUCAUCGAAAUACACUUUGGUCGAGAAGCACCUCGUUGAGUUUAGCACAGUCGCGAUGCAGCGUGCCGACCUGAAGAAGACAGACGAUAUGUUCAACCGAGUUCUUACGAAGGAUCAUAUUGCUGUUAUCAGCUUGUUCGAGAACAAGGACUCUGGCACCCGCUUCAUAGUCGCCAACGCACAUAUCCAUUGGGAUCCGCAGUUCCGGGAUGUCAAGCUUGUGCAAGUCGCGCUGCUUAUGGACGAGGUUGACAAGAUCGCGAACAACUUUGCUAAGUAUCCCCCGCGGCCACCAGCACCACCAUCGCCGACCGAUGGGUCCUCGUCUGAUGGCAAUGCACCGCCACGUCCUCCGCCUACGUACGCAGACGGCUCGAAGAUCCCGACGGUCGUCUGUGGAGACUUCAACUCUGUCCCGGAUAGCGGCGUAUACGAAUUCCUGUCAUCCGGUAGCCUCCCGGCGGAUCAUCCGGACUGGAUGUCUUUCACCUACGGCAAGUACACUCGGGACGGCCUUCGCCACCGGUUUGGCCUGAAGAGCGCGUAUUCUGCCAUCGGCGAGCUUCCGAUGACGAACUACACGCCGACGUUCAAGGAGCCGAUUGAUUACAUCUGGCACUCGACUUCGAGCGUGGCAGUCAACGCCGUGCUCGGCGAGGUGGAGAAAGCGUAUCUGGACAAGGUGGUCGGGUUCCCGAAUCCCCACUUCCCAUCCGACCACUUGUGCAUCGUCUCGGAGUUCCGUGUCAAGCCGCCAAAGGAGGCCCAAGCUCCGCGCCCACCACCAGUCUUUCCAGAGUCGUCCCGGUGAUGUUAUCCAGUAUCAUUAUCCACGAGCAUUUUCUCCCUCCCUGCCCCCCUCUCAAUCUUUCUGGCUGCAUUUACCCAUCUUGUAAAUACACAGUACUUCUUCCUUUCAUGUUCUGUAGCUUUCUACCCGUUCUUGUUUCUUUCUCCCCUCCCUUUCUCAGCCCUGUCCUCGCGUUGCCGCUCACUUGUGGGAUGCAGAUUUAUUCCGGUCCUUCCUGUACCUGUCUCGUUUUGUUUGCUUGCCCCCGUCGUUACAAUCACCACGUCAUGAAUCCGCAACCUCUGUAGCCUGUGCGUGUACGUCUCCAAUAAAUUCCUUUGAAAUC